AGUCAUUUUAUUCAUAAUUAUAAUAAUUUAUUAAGUUUUACAUAGACAUAAAUUUUCAUUUAAACUAUAUUUUUCUGUUCGAAUAUUUUCAAGAAUUAUAUGUCUAACUGUUGGCUGAGUAUAUAAUUGAACUGUUAACAUUGUUGACACGGAGAAUACGAAACACCGGAAGUCGAGGGAAUACUCUCACUAAGGUAGUUCUCGCCCACUGGUCUUUAUAAACUUUGAACACAAGGGGCAUAGUCAAACUGGAAUAUCAUCAACAAAUUUCCAAGGUGAGCACGAGAGAAUUCGGUGGAGGAUAGAAAAUGGCGGCAUACAAGUUAUCCGGAAGGGCUCGUUCAGAUUCCUCGGUGAAAUAGAGAGGAACGAAUUAUCGUAUCGUAUCGAUAAGCCUCGAAGGAUAAUCAAGCACGAGACGUGUCUUGACUUUUCGAGUGUCCAAGAAACCCGUAAUGAACACCGGUUCAUCGUUACACCUGUUGCAUCGCAAACUACUUCCCCCGUGAUCCCCUUCGCUCGAAAUUCUUCGAUCGAUCGAAAGAAACAUCAACAAAUGGCGGACGAAAGUUAGGACGAAAGCUGACAGCUUAAUUCAUGGAACAAGCGAUGCUCCAAGUUUCGAUCCACGGAAUGUAAGAUGAAAUGAACGAUUUAAUCGAACGAUCUGGGGCAAGAGAGAGGAAAAGAGCGCGUGAGGGGGAGAGAGAGAACAAGAUGAUCGACGGAGUGAAUGUGACAGAGACAUGUCGUUUACAGGAAGAUCUCCAAAUGGAGGAUCCUCGAAUACCGUCGUUGAAACGAAUCAGCUACGGCAUUGUUCUGCCUACCAUCUGUUGCUUUGGCAUCGUUGGAAAUAUUUUAAAUCUGAUAGUCCUUACCAGGCGCAACAUGCGAGGAACCGCUUACAUCUACAUGAGGGGUUACUCGGCAGCAGCGCUGCUCGCGCUUCUUUUCUGUAUCCCUUUUGACAUGAGGGUUCUUAUCCAUAAAGAGACAGGCAGAUGGAGCAGUUGGAUACAAGCUUUCUAUCACACUCACCUCGAGCUCUUCUUGGGGAAUGGUUGUUUGGGAGUUGGAGUUAUGAUGCUGCUAGCUUUGACAGUGGAACGUUACGUUAGCGUUUGUCGGCCUGGACAGCACACUCGUCCACUCUGUGGCCCUCCGCAUUUAACCGUGGCGCUUAUUCCCCUCGCCACGUUCCUAGUUUAUCUGCCAAAUGUGUUCCGGGAAGAAGUAGCGACUUGCCUCCCAGCGCUUGGUGAACCUAUUAUUUAUCAGAAGAGGGAGAAUCACUUCUAUCUCGACUCGUUGUUUUAUCAAGUGUACAAAGUGGUAUUGGAAAUCGUUUUCAAAGUAGCACCAACGAUACUCUUGGCUGGUUUCAAUUUUCGAAUAAUGGUAGUUUAUCGACGAUCCUGCGAACGUCGUCGACGGAUGACACUGUCCAGGACGACGAGCAACGAUGAAGAUUCGAGAACGUUCGCGGAAGAAAAAAGGCUCGUGCUUCUUUUAGGGAGUACCAGUAUCUUGUUCCUCGUCUGUGUUAGCCCUAUGGUAAUUCUGAAUGUUACAUUGAGGGAAAGCAAUCUCAGCCACUAUCCUUACCAGGUGUUUCGCGCUCUGGCCAAUUUGUUAGAGGUAACGAAUUAUUCGAUCACAUUCUACAUUUACUGCCUGUUCUCGGAAGAUUUCCGAAACACCUUGAUCCGCACUCUGCAGUGGCCUUGGAGGAAGAGCAACCAGGGAGGAAGAGGACUUCCGAUGAAGCGUUCCUCCGUGGCCAAGCCGACAACCACCAUUACCACCACCACCACCACCACACCACCGACCACCGCUGUUGCGACUCCUGGUCAUUUAGCGCGCGCCAGCGUUUAAGUCCAUUUUCCCCCUCCCCAAUCGAGAUCCUACGAAAAUCCGCGAACAUAACCGAAUUCGGCCGAUCGUAAAUUUCGAAUGCGGUACGUGUAAUCUGAUCCCAAUUCACCGAACAGGGGAGAGUUGCAUAAUGCGUACCGAUCUUCUAAAUCGUAUCUCUGCUUUUAUGUGGCCGGAUGUGGUGCCCUCUGGAGCACUCUGUAUAUAUUAACUAGUGAUACCAAAUGUAA